AUGACACCACACAGGGGAGCCGCGCAUGCGCACCGGAGCUCCUCCUCCGAACAGGAAGGGACGCUCAGGCCAGCAGCCGCGGGCCGGAGCGCAGCUUUACGCAGCUUUACGCAGCUCCAAAAGGUCGCCAAGUGUUCGUUUGGGUGGAGGAAACGAGGGUCUAAGGGCAGCAGCAACGCAGCGAUGUGGGCUGAGAAAUUGGGGAGACAGUUGGGUAACCCCUCGCGAUCCAUGCUGGGAUGGUUGGUCAGCAAGCUGCUGAGAGUCCGGAAUAAGGGCCUUGAAGAGAACGCUGCGCUGCUUUGCGGGAUCCAGCCGGGGGACACAGUGCUGGAGCUGGGUCACGGUCCAGGUCUAGGUCUUCAAUCAGCCGCCAAAAUGCUAACUGCAUCUACAGGUCACCUCAUAGGGGUGGAUUACUCAGAGUACAUGCACCAGAUGGCAAAGGAGAAAAUGAAGGAACUCAUUGCCAAUGGCAAAGUGACACUACACCACUGUGAUGUAGCUGCAAUGCCCCUGGAGGACAGCUCUGUGGAUAAAGUAUUUCACUGUAACUGCUACUACUUUUGGCCGGACCUCAGGAAAGGAGCUACAGAAAUACACCGUGUAAUGAAACCAGGAGGCCUGAUGGUGACCACGCUGAGGUAUUUCCAUUUAGUUAAUCUGGCGUCAAAGCGAGUGAUGCCGGGGGAAAACUGGCGCCCUGAGGCCUAUAUGGCAGCCCUGAGAGACUCUGGCUUCACUGGUGUCAGGAUGGAAGACAAGCAGUGCAAGAACUUAACUUUUCAGGCCAUCUAUGCCACUGCUUUAAAGUGA